AUGGAACCAGCUAUGGGCAUUCCUCAUAUGAAGCCGGCUUUGUACAGAGCGGCGGCGGCAGGUACACUUGAAGAUUAUCACGAGGCCCUCCGGCAGAUGACCGCGGAAGGAGCCGAGGACUGUCAAGUUGCGCCAAAUGGAAAUACUGUGCUGCACGUAGCGGUGCUCCACGGCAACAAACACUUUGUGGAGGAAAUCCUAGAAGAACAAAUGGCCCAUGCUGCCGCCUCGUGGUCUAUGUUAUUUGCUCGGAACAACAAAAACGAAACUGUGCUCCAUUGUGCAGCGGAGAAAGGCUAUGCCGACAUAGUCUCUGUCCUCAUUAAAGCAAUCAAGGAGUACGAGGAUGCAGAAUCUGGUGUUGGAGUAAAAGAGAUGAUACAGAUGACGGAUGAUGUCAUGGACACCGCUUUGCACAAGGCAGUGCGAAUGGGGCAUUUGGAGGUGGUGAAGUUACUGAUUGAAGAGGAUAAUGAAUUUCUGUAUCCUCCCAAUGAUGCUGGUGAGACGCCCAUUUACUUGGCCGCAGAGUCGCAUUCUUUUUAUUGUUUGGAGAAAAUACUCGAGACAUGUACAAAUCCUACCUAUGGUGGACCCUGGGGUCGAAAUGCUCUUCAUGUAGCAAUAUUAUCUCCAGGUAUCCCAACAACAUCAUGGGAAAUGUUGAUGCGGAGUUUGAAGUCUGUAUUGGGCAAGAGUCUCAAGUCUAUUUUGCUGGGACAUCAUGCGGCUAAAGCAGAAUGCAUACAACUAUUAUUGGAAAAGAAGAUUUCUUUGUGCGAGAUGAUUGACGAAUUUGGUUGGACGCCACUACAUUAUGCUGUACAACUCCGUGACGAUAAAACUGUUGGGAUGAUUCUUGAGAAAAAAAGUUCAGCAGCAUAUAUUCGUGCAGGCAAAGGUGAUGAUUGGACAACAAUAUUUCAUAUAGCGGCAAGACAUGGCAACAUUAAAACGAUGAAAUACAUAUCAAACCGCUUUCCAAAUUGUUGGACGAUGAUUAACUGCAAAUCUCAAAAUGUCCUUCAUGAAGCGAUACUGAGUGGUAGAGUGAAUAUGAUAAAAUACAUAUUGAAGGAUCUCCAGAUGGACAACCUUGUCGAUCAGAAAGACAGGGAUGGCAACACACCUCUUCACCUGCUUUCCUUUUCUAGUUGGAGCCAUGUUGAUUAUAAUCAUAUAGUGACCCGGCUUAAGCGGAAGCAUUUUGUGUUUAAUAAACGACACCAAACUCCACAUGACUUGUUCAACCAACCCAUCAAUGCUUUUAAGUAUAUCUCUGGUGGAAUACCUCAGCGGAGUGGUAGGAGAAGUGGACCUCGUGUUGACCUAGCAGAAAAUCAGGAAACAGCAAGCAGGGAAGAUACUGAUAAUGUAGAAGGGGAAAUUAAUCGUAUGCUACGAAUGAGCAAAACAAUGACCAUCAUUGCUACAUUGAUAUUAACCAUAACCUUUGCAGCUGGUUUUACAGUCCCAGGUGGAUACGACUCCAAUUCUGGCUCAAAACAAGCAGGGAAGCCAAUACUGUUUGAAAAUACAGCUUUUAUGGUUUUUGUUUAUUCAGAUAGUAUUGCUUUCGUGUGUUCUAUUUUGUCGAUAUUAAUUUACAUUAGGAUGGUGUCAGAAGCCUCAUCUUCUUCUAAGAAGUACACAACUAUCGCCAGCCUUUACCAUCUGGAAGCCAUCAUGAUUGUGAAUACCACAGUAGGAGUUGUGGUUGCUUUCAUCUCUGGGAUGUACGCCACUUUAAGUCUCGCCAAUGAAGUUUUAUUCAUCGGCCUCCUCCUUCUGCUUAUUGUUGUUGAAUACAAGGAAGAAUGA